UCUCAACCUCAGGUCUGGUAGUAAUACUUCCGUAAGUCUCGUGCCAUAGCGGCUGCAUUUUGUCCGUGGCAACGUCAUGGUGAAACUGCGGCCUGCGGGGAUGCACCUGCCGAGGCUCUUGAACUACUAGUUAAACGCCUGCCUACCUAACUAUGCCUAUGGCGGCUUUUUCAGCAUCUGGCGUCCUGGUCGUCUCUUGAGCUCUGACAAGCAUCCCUCCAUUCCUUAGGGUCGCCAACAUAAUUACUUGUAUCGCUAUCGUCCAUCCAUCAUGACUUCCACCAUCAUUCCAGUGGCCCUGCAGAACAAGCUGAUGGGGCCACGGAGCUCAUCCGCUUUCCAACUCGCCGCGUUGAAUCUGGAGCUGCUGCGAAAUAUCAUUUUUAUCCUAUUCAUCCUCCGCGCUACCCGCAAAACUUUCUACUCUGUUCGCGGCUACGGCAUCAUCGGCAGCAUCCGGAAUAUCUUUGCUCUGAUCCGUCUAUGGGUUUUCCGGAUAGUUCUGCGUAUUCCUGGAGUUCGCGGCCAGGUGGACAAGGAAGUCACGACAGCUCUCACGAAAUUAGAAUCUAAGCUCGUCUCGUCGGGCCCUGGCGUGACGAGAUACCUUGAACUCCCCGAGGAAGGAUGGACCCCCGACCAUGUGCGUGAGGAACUCAAUAAGCUCGCCAGCAUGGAGCAUACAAAGUGGGAGGAUGGUCGUGUCAGUGGUGCCGUGUAUCAUGGUGGCCAGGACCUAUUGAAGCUACAGACCGAAGCCUUUGGCCAGUUUGGUGUCGCGAACCCUAUUCACCCGGAUGUAUUCCCCGGCGUUCGCAAGAUGGAGGCGGAAAUCGUUGCUAUGGUUCUGGCGCUGUUCAAUGGCCCCUCUGAUGGUGCUGGUGUGACUACCAGUGGUGGAACAGAGUCGAUCAUCAUGGCUUGUCUGGGAGCACGUCAAAAGGCGUAUAUCGAGCGUGGUGUGACUGCACCUGAAAUGAUUAUUCCCGACACUGCUCAUGCCGCAUUCUACAAGGCUUGCGAAUACUUCAAGAUCAAAUUGCACCGUGUUCCGUGCCCAGCACCCGACUAUAAAGUCGACAUCCGUGCUGUUCGCCGUCUUAUCAACCCAAACACUGUCCUCUUGGUGGGCUCUGCGCCUAACUUCCCUCAUGGCAUUGUCGACGACAUCCCCGCUCUUUCCCGUCUUGCUACCAAGUACAAGAUUCCCCUGCACGUUGACUGCUGCUUGGGCUCCUUCGUGAUUGCCUUCCUCAAGAAGGCGGGUUAUCCAUCCCCUUACGAGGAACAGGGCGGUUUCGACUUCCGUCAACCGGGCGUCACGAGUAUCAGUGUUGACACCCACAAGUAUGGUUUCGCUCCCAAGGGCAACUCCGUCCUUCUCUACCGCAACCGUACCUACCGCAGCUAUCAAUACUUUGUGUAUCCUGAUUGGUCUGGCGGUGUCUAUGCCUCUCCCUCCGUGGCAGGAUCCCGACCUGGUGCUUUGAUUGCAGGCUGCUGGACUAGUCUCAUGAGUAUGGGGGUAUCUGGAUACAUUGAGAGUUGCAACCAGAUCAUGACGGCAGCAAAGAAGUUCGAGUCUGCCAUUCGUGAGCACCCAAUUCUUUCGGAAAACCUGGUGGUCGUUGGACAGCCGCUCGUCAGCGUUGUCUCCUGGACGAGCAAGAAUGACGGUGUCGAUAUCUAUGACAUCGCCGACGAAUUGUCUGCUAAGGGAUGGCAUCUCAACGCUUUGCAGUCUCCAGCAGCGAUGCACGUUGCCUUCACCAUUCCGACUGCCGCAGCGGUGGACAAGCUUACUGAGGACCUCAUCGACGUCGUCCGGGCAGAGCUUGAGAAAGCUGAAGAGAGGGUGAGACAGGGCAACUCCUACGCGCGCAAACGUGGAGACACCUCCGCUCUGUACGGUGUGGCAGGUAGCAUACCCGAUAAGAGUAUUGUCACCCGUUUGGCAGAGGGCUUCCUGGACACGCUUUAUAAAGCAUAAAGAUCAGGCCCGCCUUACACCCUCACGGCGUGUCAACUGAGAAUCAAAAAAGUUCCAGGUGCUGCCUUGGAAAGCUCCAUGUAUAUACACGAAUGGCUUGGGGUCAGAUGGAGUGUGGAUACGGAUAGUUAUUUUUUGGUGUUGGCGGCGUACUUCUGGUGUUCCAACAGUCUUGCUUAGGCUGUCUAUUAUUACUAGCGUCAUUGAGUAAUAGA